AUGUUGAACAUUGUUGAUACAUUAAAUGAACAUUGUUUUAUGGAUACUGAUAAUGAAUUAAAUUUAUUGACAAAUAUCAAAAAUAAUUAUGAAAAAUCAUGUGUCAAUAAUAUAGAAAAUGAUACUUUUCUUAAACUUUAUGGGGCAAAAAGUGCUCGUGAUACAUUUGAAUUUAUUUUAUCAAAUGAUUCUACAUUUAAAAACAAAACUAUAGACAAAAAUCAAAAUGAAUUAACUGAUUCAGAUUACGAACAACUUAAUAAUCUUGUACGAAAAAUCAUUAAUGAAUAUUUUAUUGUUAAUCAAAAUAAACUGAAGAAAAAUGCUUUUAUCGUACUUAAUGGUGAUGAUACAAUUUGUGGUCCACUAUUUGCUUUUGAUCGAAAUGAGAAAAUACAGACUGUUUUUGAUUUUGAUGACAUGAGUAUCUAUCAUUAUGUUGAUAAAUAUAUUGACGAAAUUAAUCGAACAGAUCGAAGUUUAUUUCCUCAAAUAGAAGAUAAAACAAUUUCGAAUGUUCCUCAAGAUUGGUAUAGUGAUGAUAUCCGUUUAUUAGUAAAUGAUUUAAACCCAGAAAUUUUUGUUUCACCUGAAAAUAAAAUUGAAAGUCGUACUUACGGUGAUCAUAUUAAACAAAAAAUUCUUCAAACAAAUAAAACAUUAUGUACAACCAAUGCUAUUUCGUUAUCAAUCCAAGAGUCUGCUCAACUAAAUGAAUCAGAUCGUGUUACACAAGCGGAUCAAAUUUCAGUUGAUACUUCAAUAUCUACAUCAACUCAUUUAUCAAAAACAACAGAAAUUCUUCAAAUCGUUCUUUCACAAACAACUACACAAUAUUCAUAUGAAAAACCAGAAAUUGUUAUCCAACCAAAACAAGAUUGGAAUCCUCGAUAUCCAAAAGACUUAAUAAUAAAGCCAACGAACGAAGCCUACAAAAAUCUACAAGUAAAACGAAAAUAUCGACGAAAAACUAAUAAGCGUAUGAACAAAAAAGAACAAAGAAAAUUUAUCGGACUUCUACAAGGUGUUGGUAAUCAACGUUCUCACAUUCAAGUUCCUUCCAAAUUCACACAACCGAUUUAUCUUGCUAUAGCAGUUCGAACUAUUAAUAAUCAUUAUCAUUCUUCGAAAGUUAUCGUGCAAGAAAAUACCAAAGUGAACAAACAUCUUUGUAACCAUGACAACUAUCUUAACUAUUUGGAAUUCGAUGAAUGUGAUCAAGAGCAUUACUUUGAUUUAAAUACAGGAAAUGUUUAUAUGAAAAUUACUUCAAAAGAACAUCGACAACAAUUGAAACAGGUACCAAUAUACAUGUUUAAUUUAUACCAAAAUCUACGAUUAACCAAGGAUAUGAUUGAACGUGAACGACUUGACAAAUGUAAAUUAGCUUUUUGGUUAUGUAUUAAAGAAAAUGAAAAUUAUAAGCCAAUUUCUCCUGAAUCAUUAUCUUGUAUAAUUACAGAAAGAAAAAAGAAAUAUAACUCUUCUCGUUCUAUGGUGUUUGAUAAAAAUGAAAAAUAA